AUGUUUUCCGUGAGGGACCUCUGCCUGGUCCUGAGUUUGGUGGGUGCAGUUCAGGCAGCAGAUGGUAGUGAUCCUGCCAGUAGUGAAUUUCUAGCUGAAGGAGGAGGGGUGCGUGGCCCAAGACUUGUGGAAAGACAGCAAUCUACCUGCAAAGAGACAGGCUGGCCCUUCUGCGCUGAUGAAGACUGGGGUGAAAAAUGCCCUUCUGGCUGCAGGAUGAAAGGGUUGAUUGAUGAAGUCAAUCAAGAUUUUACAAGCAGAAUAAAUAAACUAAGAGAUUCACUAUUUAAUUAUCAGAAGAACAAUAAAGACUCUAAUACACUGACCAAGAACAUAGUGGAACUUUUGGGAGGGGAUUUUGCCAAAGCUAACAACAAUGAUAAUACAUUUAACCAAGUAUCAGAAGAUCUGAGAAGCAGAAUUGAGAUCCUGAGGCGCAAAGUCAUAGAACAAGUACAAUAUAUCAACCUUCUGCAGAAAAAUGUCAGAGAUCAACUGGUAGAUAUGAAACGAUUGGAGGUGGACAUUGAUAUUAAGAUCCGAUCUUGCAAAGGGUCAUGCAGUAGGGCUCUAGAACAUAAGGUAGAUCUGGAGGACUAUAAAGAUCAGCAGAAGAAACUUGAACAGGUUAUUGCCAUAGACUUACUUCCCUCUAGAGACGUUCAAUACUUACCACUGAUAAAAAUGAGUGCAGUUACAGGCCCUGUUUCUAGAGAGUUCAAGAAGCAGCUUCAAGAGGUCCCUUCAGAAUGGAAGGCACUGUUGGAAAUGCAGCAGACGAAAAUGGUGUUGGAAACUUUUGGUGGAGACGGACAUGCCAGAGGAGACUCUGUAUCUCAAGGAACAGGAUUAGCACCAGAAAGGCCCAGGAGGCCUGGAACCAGUAGUAUUGGAAAUGUGAACCCUGGGAGCUAUGGACCUGGAGGUAGUGGCACCUGGAACACCGGCCGCCCCGAGCCUGGAAGUGCUGGCACCUGGAACACCGGCCACCCCAAGCCUGGAAGUGCUGGCACCUGGAACACCGGCCGCCCCGAGCCCGGAAGUGCUGGCACCUGGAACACCGGCCGCCCCGAGCCCGGAAGUGCUGGCACCUGGAACACCGGCCGCCCCGAGCCUGGAAGUGCUGGCACCUGGAAUACUGGAAGCUCUGGAUCUUCAAGUUUUAGGCCAGAUAGCUCAGGUCAUGGGAACACUAGGCCUUCCAGCCCAGACUGGGGUACCUUUAGAGAGGAAGGAAGUGUAAGUUCAGGGAUAAAGAAAGAGUUCCACACAGGUAAACUUGUCACUACUAAAGGAGAAAAAGAGCUUCUGAUUGGUAAUGAGGGGGUCUCCUCUGGUCACACAACCACCACUCGUCGUUCAUGCUCUAAAGUCAUUACAAAGACUGUUACAAAUGCUGACGGUCACACAGAAACGACCAAAGAAGUGGUAAAGUCUGAAGAUGGUUCUGACUGUGGUGAUGCAGACUUAGACUGGCACCGUACUUUGUCUGUGAGGGGUAACCUAGAUGAUUUCUUUUCUAGAAACAAUGAUGGUUUCUUCACCCAUAAGUUACACGAGUUUGACGGUAAGACAGGCUUAGAAUCUGGUGUUCCAGCCUUAGAGGAAUUUGGCUCUUCCAGUGGUAAAACUUCAACUCAGAGCAAACAGUUUGUAAGCAGUAGCACAACUAUCAACAGAGGUGGCUCCGCGAUUGAAAGCAAGAGCUUUAAAAUGGCAGAUGAGGCCGAAAGCGUAGAGGAUCUUGGCCUUAAAGGAGCACAUGCCACCCAGAAAGGCCAUGCUAAAGCUCGUCCUGCCAGAGGUAUCCACACUUCUCCUUUGGGGAAGCCUUCCCCGACCCCCUAG